AUGCAAUUCAAAGCAGCUUUAACGAACUUUGUCAAGUCAUUUCCGGAGGAGCCUCCAGCUCCAGGAUACAGCCGUCGGAAUGGAAACUCCUUGCUGGAUUGGAGUGGUAUGGUGAUAAAACAAUUUCUAUACUGUCCGGGGAUCGACUUCUUCGAUGGCCCGAUAGAGGAUUCUAUGAAGCCCAACAAAGUAACAAAAAGUACAGUCCAAAGUAAAGUGCUACUGCAGAUAGCUGUGCAGAUGAUACGGUUAUUAUCUACAAUAUUGCCUUGGUUAGGCUUCUUUCUUGUUCGGGAAGCAACAUGUGAUGACUCAGACCAAGAGGCUACAUUACAACUGUUACUCAAUUCGUCUCCAGUAACACAGCUUGUCUCCGGUUUCAAGCUAACGUUGGAGUGUGAUAUUGCCGGUGGAGCGAAAUCGAUUAAUUGGUUUCAAAACGACGAAAAGUUAACAGUCUACGAAGAGGUAUCCAAAAAGAAAGUGGAAUCAAAUGAUGAACUCAUCGAAAAGAUGACAAUAUCACUGAUAACGAACAACGAUAACAAUGACCCGGUGUAUAAUCAAUUUAAGUGUCAAGGGAUGAUAUCGGACGAGACAAAUUUCAAUUCCAACAGUAUUCUUCUUCAAGUGUUUCCUGCUAAAACUACAAAGGUUCCUGCAGAUAAAGAACAUACUUAUGAGGAUGAGUCCCACGAGUUUGUGUGUCAGUUCCCAAACGGUGAUGUGCCGACUACGUACACUGUAUCGUGGGAAUUUAAUAAACAAAGUAUGGUGGAUCAAACCUGGUACACAAUUGACACCAAAGUGACCAAACCAACUCUUGCUGAUGGAAAUACAGUCAUCGAAACUAUUUUUAAGAUAACCAAGGUAGAUGCAGGAGCCAACGGAGAGUACUCUUGUUCCAUUACCUGGCCGGAUGAUGGAGUUGUCAUUAGUUCUGGAGAAAUAACACUGGCAGUGCGAUUAAUAUCAGAUACUACAGAAGCAUUCUCCAUGUCCUCUGGAUUCCCUGCAAUGUUCAUGUGCUCCGCAGUAGGUGACAAAGUUGCUGCCAUAACAUUUUCAAUUACAGAUGCAGUUACGGACAUGUCACGUGAUGUAACAGUGGUGGUAACAGAAUCCGUUGAUGAUCAACAAAGAGUUACCACAGUUGGGAAUUUGGACCUCAGUCAGCUCACAGCUAGCUCUUUUAUUAAUUGUGCUGUUCAGUGGGAUGGUGAUGCAACCAUUCUCACAUCCAACCCAAAUCUUGUGACUGUCAUGUCAGUCGAUAUCACCGAUAAAGGGGUCGGAAAAAAGAGAUCCGAUGGAUGGGUUGCUGAAAAGGUGUAUCUGGAGCUUAAGUGUAUAGCUGAUGUGCAGCUACCUCAUCAUUUACCAUAUUGGGUGUAUCCUAACCCUGAUUUUGAAUGGAUGCUACGUACAGAAAAAUCAUCUAAGUGGGUUAAAAUUGUGGACAGCGAUGAUAUCGAAUUUACGAUCAAGAGUUCGAAAACGUAUGGCGACAGACUUAUGAGUGCUCUAACUCUUGGCCCAAUACAGAUUGAACACAAUAAAUACGAUGUAAAAUGUAACGUCGACUAUCACAGCAAUGUUGAGCAAAAUUUUCAGGGAGGAAAGGUAUCAUCAGAGGAAUUUGAAGUAAAAGUGAUGCACAUCAAGUCUUUCUUGGUUGUCUCUGAUGACACCAUCGUUGUGGGCGAGGAUUUUGAUCUUGUAUGCUUGGCUUAUGGGCCUCCUGAUUCCAAACAGGAGAUCGAAUUGUUAAACAAUUCAGAGGGCAAAUUCUAUCAUUUCCACACUAAAGUGUAUGACGGGGACGGGGAGAAUUACCGCGAAGAUUUCACAGUGAACGCAGAAUAUGUUGUAUUAGAUGGGGCCAAUCUCACUUGCCAGGUCGGAUUUGAAGAUUACUCAUUUAACGUAAGUAAAUCGUUACUAGUGAAAUCAUACUACGAUUGCACCAAAGCUCCGAUAUCGUCCUUCGACACAUUACCGCCGGUACUACCGGGAAUGUCAAUUGAGUACACAGAUGAUAAAGGGGACAGAACAGCUAAAGUAAUUUGUCCUGAUGAUGAUGUCCACGGGAAAUACAUAAUAGAUGGCACCGAUUACGUCAAGGAGGAAUCAUUUUGCUCAAAGCGCACUGGCGCCUACGAACCACCUCAACUUGCAUCGUGCAAAUUUGUGUAUCCCUUCGUCCAUGGAACGUAUGAGCAAGUUUGGGAUCUUCAAAAAGCUGAUUUCACGGUUUGCGAAUAUGAAGACACUAAUGAAGACUACUACUACUCUUCAACGCAAAUAUGGAAAAAUUUAGUUACAAGAUCAGAUAAAUGUGGUACUCACAUAGUGGUACCAUGUCUCCAAACUAACGAAUGCACGUUAGUGGAUGUAAGAGGGAAAACUGGUUGUCGCUGGAACGAUGAGACAAAAGCACUAACCAUCUUCUACACAGUUAAACUAACAAAUAAAGUGUGGACAGAAAAAGAAAGGGACGCUCUUGUAAACUUGCCUUUGACUGACUACCGGGGCGUGCCUUUGGCUGUAGAAACAAAGAUUCCGUUUUAUGAUUGUUCUGGGGCUGAAUGGAGAUCCCGGAUCAAAUUCAAGUAUCUCGGUAGGAUGGAGUUUGAUGCUGAUUCCAAUACGGUCAUUGAAAGAAAAAAAGGAAAAAGCCUCACUGGUCUGUACAUUGGUAUCGUUGUAGCGAUUUUAUUGGCAAUUGGGGCAGCUAUAGUCGUAUAUUACAGAAAGGCGCUAAUAGGAAGACUCAGGAAUUAAACAGGAAUCAGUGUAAACACCAAGAACUCAAAAAUCGUGUGAGCGGUAGGGAGACAACCUUGAGCUUAAAGUUAAUUACGAUGUGUUGAGUAAGCCGUAAGGCAGAUGCUACCUCAUCAACAGCUCAAACUAUAUCUGAAACUAUACUUACUAUCAAACUGUUGAUUGGACUCAAAAAGGAUGAUAUUCGCUGUCAUAUCUUUUAAUGAUGUAUAACUAUUAUAAUAUAUGCCAUGAUGCAUGAUAUUUAGCCGCAAAAUCAUUAAUUAUUGCAAAAAGUGAUUGAUCAUCGAUUUAAACCUGCAUGCAUAUAAGUUAUUUGCGUUAUCAAUAACCCAACUCUUUUUAUUUAGCUUGAAUUUAUUUCAUUUUUUGAUGAUGUAAUUUCACUAAUUGACAAGUGAAUUUAUUUUGAUUAUUAGAUUUAUUUUAUAUGAGCAAAUUUGGUAUCAUGUAAACAUGGUGUUGAGGAGUAUGUUAAGUUGCAUGCAGAAUGUUACUAAUAAUAGAUGUGGAUUCUGGUGUAGUUGUACCAUUGGGGAGUGUGUGUAUUACUAUACACAGAUGUUUCGUUAUU